UGGGAGACGUGGAUUCUGUCGCAGUUGCGGGUGAUGUACAGCGUUGGAUACGGGAUUUCGCUGGCGGCGCUCACUGUGGCCCUCUGUAUACUGACACAGCUCAGGCGUCUGCGCUGUACCCGGAACCUCAUCCACUGCAACCUGUUUGUGUCCUUCAUCCUGCGCGCUGUGUCUCUGCUGUCCCGCGACGCUCUGCUCCUCCACCAACACAACAUGAUUCGGGGCAAGGAGGACAUGACCGCCCUGCUGAGAGAGAAGACUCUGAUUGGCUGUCGUGUUGCGCAGACCAUCACUCAGUAUUGUGUGGCCUCCAAUUAUUAUUGGCUGCUGGUGGAGGGGCUCUACCUGCACAACCUCCUCCUCGUCCUCUCCUUCUCUGAGGAGGCCGCACUGCCGCGAUACAUGGCGCUGGGCUGGGGGGCCCCGGUGCUCUUCGUUGUCCCGUGGGUGGUUGUGCGGCAUCUGUAUGAGAACACACAGUGUUGGGAGAGGAAUGACAAUAGCUCGUACUGGUGGAUAAUUCGAUCACCAAUUCUGUUUGCUGUUUUGCUGAGUGUGAACUUCAUCAUCUUCCUGCGGAUUCUGCGCAUUUUGGUGCUGAAACUCCGAGCCAAUCAGAUGAGGAGGAGUGACCGCAAAUACAGGUCAGCUGAUCACAUGACUCUGCAGGCUAUCACUCCCCCUCCCCCGGGAGACAAUCUGCUGCUGUAUAGUGAGCAUCUGGGUGCGGUGAAUGUCCCCGUUGAAUGCCCCCGGUGA